AUGACCCUGUCUCUUACCAGCACCAUGCCUUAUCCAGGCACUGGCCCUGUACCUCCAGACUCUGUCUUCUCUCUCCCUCCAUUCCCACCCUGGCCACCUAGUGGAGCUAGAACCUUAGAGUUGGAAGGAAUCUUAGAGGUUGUUCAGUUGGAAUGGCGUCCAACAGAGUUCAUUAACACCAGCCUGGGCUUGUCUCUGCUCCUCAGGCCUUGCAUCUUGUCAUCUCCCCUUCAUCACCUCCCACUCCCCCUUCUCCAAACACAUUUGCACACACUCCAGUAUAGACACCAAAAGCAACUCCUCCGCCCCCGAAGCUGUGCCCUGUGCUCCCCAGGGGUCCCUGCCCAGUCACUCACCCCUUCCUCGUCUCGGCCAGGCUGCCGGGAAGGCCCUGGAGCUUGUUCCUUUGCUGAAGAGGCAGGGAGGUAG